AUGCUCCGACAAAACAUGCUAGCUUUCUGUUUUGCAAACGCGUUUGGUAGAUAAAAGUGUAGUUGUACUGAAUGUCAUGUCUGCUUUAAACGUUAAGUUUUAAUGUUAAGUAAGUAAGUAAAUGUUAAAUAGCUACCUUUAACGCAAGAGUGUCCACUGUCGUUCCAGUACCAUGCGCGGUGAUCCAGUGGACUGCGUAGUGAAAUCUCCAGUGGCUCUGCAGCUGGGCGACGUGGUGUCCGAUUCAGUCCGUCCUGGGGUUUAUAUCACCGACAUCGUACUUACAACGCAGGUCAAUAUUCAGGAAAUCUCCUUCAAGAAUUACUACACAGCCUACUUGACAGUGCGAGUGUUGAAGAACGAGGAAGGAAGUGAUGAGAAUCGUGCGAAGUGGUUCACCUGCGUGAGAAACUACUGCCUGAUGUCCAGUCCGCACACUGAAGGAGGAUCACAGGACUACUUUUCUAUCUACAGACAACAGAUGCUUGCGGAGCCAGAUAAUGUUAUUACCGUGCGGCUCAUACUGAGACAGCCUUCUUCAGUCUGGCUGAAUUUCAACAUAGAGGAUAUCAAAAUAUACUCCUUGGCAGAUGAAGAAUCAGAGAGAGACGUUCCUUCUUGGUUAUCUACCAUCACAACUGCUGAAGAGCCUCUUGAUUUGAAUGGUCUUCCUGAUCCAGACACGGUGUCCUCCUGUAUUCAGCACAUGUGGGCUCUCACGGAGAUCAUGCAGUCAAGCCAGACUUCCGCCUCCAUCGGGCGCUUUGACGUUGAUGGCUGCUACGACGUCAAUCUGCUUUCCUACACAUAACAGGACGUGACCAACGGUUCAACAGGAAUUAUGUCGACCCAAGCUGCAAUUGGGCUUAGAACAAACUAGGCGAUGGUAUUGAAGCAUAGCCGUGUCUCAGAUGGCACUGUACAUUAUCUCAUGAUAACAUCUCCGAUCAAACCCUGCUAACGUUUCACACUAAAACGAUACGUUGAAGCAAGUCCAUGCCCACUGUUGAAACAGGUUCUUGGCUGACAGGACCGGAACCCCUUAUGAUCACACUCAUACGCGCUCAUCAAGGCAUAUUACGCAUUCAGAGAUGCUUUUCUGUUCACCACGGUUGUAAAGAGUAGUUAUCGGAGUUAGCGUAGCCUUUUCUUCAGUCCAAACCCGUCUGGCCAUUCUGCUUUAACCUCUCUCAUCAGCAAGGGGUUUUCUGCUGCUCACUAGAUGUUUAUUUUCCACACCAUUCGAUGUAAUUAGUAGCAUCUCAAAACAAACACUACCAUGUAGCACUAAACGUUAACGCUGUAUUACAAUGUGGAAAUUCACGUCAUUGAACUGCGCCAGAACAGCCACCUCAGGAGCAACAGGAACGGUUUUAAAAUGCAAAAUGUCUGGCUUUUUUUAAAAAAAUAAAGUUUAAAGUAAAGCGGAACCUAAAGCAUAGCGCUGUCUGGUGGCUCCACCCCCUCUACCGAGUAAAGUGUCUGCAAAUGCAUAGUUCAGAAAGCAUCCCAUAGACCACACUUAAAUUUUGGUGUGUAGAUAUAUUUUUUUUAAUGUCUGAAGGAUUGUUUUGCUCCCAUGCAGUGCUUGUUAUAGUAAUAUGUGAUUUAACUUGAGUCAUAAUUUUUAUUUUGUAUAUUUAAAAAAAAAAAAAUUACAACCAGUUAGGACACACAAACUAUGAAUAUAUAUAAUAUGAAUCUAUAACAAAAUAUAAACCAUUUAGUAUGAAGUGCAACCAAACAAACAAGAAAGCAAAAUCAUAGAUGGUGAUAAACAGUGUUACAAAAUCAACUCAAAGCAUUACUUCAGCCUUUUGCUCAUCAGCGUCUCGGUUGAAUUUUCCAGAUUUGGAAAUAUGGGUCAUAUGGCCCAGAGUCAAUAUCUCAUCUCAUUAUCUGUAGCUGCUUUAUCCUGUUCUACAGGGUCGCAGGCAAGCUGGAGCCUAUGCCAGCUGACUAUGGGCGAAAGGCGGGGUACACCCUGGACAAGUCGCCAGGUCAUCACAGGGCUGACACAUAGACACAGACAACCAUUCACACUCACA